AACCGUGACAGGAGUAAGUGUAACACAAGAUAAAUCAUAAAAUCCCGAUGGAUCUCCGAUGCAAAAACUCCAGCUCAACUGAAUGAUAGUGAAAGAGCGGCAUCAACCAUGAAGAGACCUCCGCACAAAGCUUCUCGUUCAUCCAUUCUCUAUCUGAUCUCUGCUGCUGCGAUCUUCACUCUCUUCUUUGUCGCUGUUCAAUUCACUUUCUUCACCGGUAAAAAUAAGAUCCCAUCGGAAGAUGCUCGGAUCUUAUUUGAUUUCCAGUCCAAUGUUCAGCAAUGCAUUGCAAAUAGAGGACUUGGGCUCACUGCAAAUAUCAUUGAUCACUGCAAACUAGUCCUCAAGUUCCCUGAGGGCACUAACAGCACAUGGUACAAUGCCCAAUUUAAGGUUUUUGAGCCUUUGGAGUACAGCUAUGAUGUCUGUGAAGCAAUUUUGUUGUGGGAACAGUAUCGUAACAUGACUACAGUUUUGACAAGAGAGUAUCUAGAUGCUCGGCCAGAUGGGUGGUUGGAGUAUGCUGCAAAGAGAAUAGCACAACUGGGUGCAGAGAAAUGCUAUAACCGGUCUCUUUGUGAGGAGCAUCUUAAUUUAAUCUUACCAGGAAAGCCUCCAUUUCGCCCUCGCCAGUUUAAAACAUGUGCAGUUGUUGGAAACUCUGGAGAUCUCUUGAAGACAGAGUUUGGAAAAGAAAUUGAUAGUCAUGAUGCUGUUAUACGAGAUAAUGAAGCCCCGGUUAAUGAUAAAUAUGCGAAGCAUGUUGGUUUAAAGAGGGAUUUCAGGCUUGUAGUAAGGGGUGCCGCUCGUAACAUGGUCAAGAUUCUUGAUGGCUCAACGGAUGAGGUACUUAUUAUUAAAAGUGUCACCCACAGGGACUUCAAUGCAAUGAUAAAGAGCAUUCCAAAUCCAGUUUACCUCUUCCAGGGAAUUGUGUUGCGCAGAGGUGCCAAAGGAACUGGAAUGAAAUCCAUUGAACUAGCACUUUCUAUGUGUGAAAUUGUUGACAUAUACGGAUUUACUGUUGAUCCUGGCUAUACUGAAUGGACGAGGUACUUUUCCACCCCAAGGAAAGGGCACAAUCCACUUCAAGGAAGGGCGUAUUACCAACUUCUAGAAUGUCUUGGUGUUAUUAGGAUACAUUCUCCCAUGAGAGCAGAACGGAUGCAGGACUGGUCAGAUGUGCCAAGUCGAGAAAUGAUAGGGCGAGCUCAUGCGGCUGCCUUGCGCUUGAAAAGGAGUCAAGUUGGUCAAGUCGAUGGAUUGGGGCAAUUUGGUAGCUGUAAGGUAUGGGGCAAUGCUGAUUCCAAUGGAAACGGGCGUAUAUCCGGAUCCCCAGACAUGAGCCCUGUCAGGAAGAAUUCAAAUUAUAGUAAAUGGGAAGUUAUGCCGUUUACCAGUUUGAGAAGGGAGGCACAAGAUCACUAUGUUCAGAUGGAAGGCGUGUCUCUGUACAAAAUGGAUGGCAACAAAUUGGAUGAUUUGGUUUGUGUAAGACAUUCACUUAUAUCUGAGGCAUAAGCAAGAUAUUUAAGUUGGCUAUAUUUUUUCUUACAAACACGGUUCUCUGUGAAGCAUUGUUGCUAUGUUUAAUCUAUAUAGGAAAAGAGGAUAAAAUAUAUGUACAUUAUCUUCCAAUCAUCAGUAUCUCGCUUGGGAUUUUAAGCGGGAUUGUGGAUGGUUAAAGCUUGUAGAAGAGGAAAUAUGUAAAUUUGUUUAUUUAA